UUGUAACACACGCACACGCGCAGUGGUUCAGUAUUGCAUGCUACAAUUGAAACAAAUUUACUUUGUUGAGUGUAUUUCAGCCGUUCCAACUAAACUUAUUUAACAAAGUAGGUGCACUUGGUAUAUGUAAAAUUAUUUGAAGUGUUUACGAAGAUAAAAGGUUUAAACGUGCACGAGCGGCUGUGACAAACUCGUUCGUUUUGCUAACACUAACCUAGCUACGCUACGCGAGCAGCGUUGUAUUCUGACUACGUUCAUUAAACUGUAUUUGUCGGGCGUUUUCGCUAAAUCAAAAAGCACAUUAUAUCAUAUUUGUUGAAGUGCGUUUGUGACGUAAAUGUUAUCUAUAUAGGGAAAGUCCAGUGUUAUAUUCGCCAGAGCUAAUCAGGAGCUUGUAGACUUGCAGUAUUUUGACAACAAUGUGACUGCGGUCCUGUGGAAGCAGAGGAUGGACAGAGACUUGUUGAGGCAGUGUUUGACUUAUCACGGAGAGUUGUUAUUCAACAAACUGAAAUGUGAACAAACGGAAAACCCAGACUUCCAAGCCGUGGUGUCCGACCUGUGCCUGGCCACGUAUGAAAGCAGAGGUGAAGGCCAGGGAAACCCGCUGGUGGAGCAGUUCAUCGCUCGGAAGGCUGAUAUCCUGUUCUGUCCGUCAUGGAAGACUGCAACUGGUCAGGAAGAAGAGCACGAGGAGGAGGAAGCCGUAGAGCCCUAUGCAGUAAUGCCACCUUUGGAGUUAUUUAUGGAGGUAUCCUAUGAGGAGAGAAGGUCCAUAUUGUACAGGGAUUUGGAAAAAGGCGACAUUGUGGUUGGAAGAAUCAACAACAUUAGAGAAUAUGGCUUCUUUCUCACUCUGCUAUGCAUGGCAGGAGGACUGAAGCGAGACAUAGAGGACCUGGAAUUAUCGGCUUUAUGUCACAUCAGAGAAAUUCCCUCCACCGGCAGUCAUGAUGACCCUCUGUCCUACUAUCAGAUUGGUGACUUCAUCAGAGCUGGAGUGAAAGACAUUGAUCGCUACCAGGAGAAAAUCACUGUGUCCCUGCACCAGGCCUCUCUUUCUUCAGGCUUGGAGCACAUCAAGUUGGGAGUCAUUACCAGGGAGGAGCUGCCCAUACACUACGGUCGCAGUGUCCGUGCUGGCAUUGAUUCAAGCGAGACCUAUGAAUUGAUACUGAGUAGUUGCCAUGGUUAUCACAACCCUUCAGUAGUGGACUACUUGCUGGAUAAAGUGGGAGUCAGCGACACCCACCCACCAUCAAUGAUGAGAGGAUUACAGAGUAAUCUUUUUCAAGAGGAGGAUUUUGCUUCGGCUAUCAGGAAGAAGCAGUCUGCAUCUUGGGCCUUAAAGUGUGUUCGUGCAGGUGUGGACCAUUUCAAACAUGGUCGCCAUGUGGAAGCCAUGAAUGAAUAUAACAAAGCCUUGGAGAUCGACACUAAUAAUGUAGAAGCUCUCGUAGCACGUGGAGCUCUGUAUGCUAACAAAGGAAGUUUCCUCAAGGCAAUUACAGACUUUGAACUGGCUCUAGAAAACUGUCCAGACCAUCGCAAUGCCAAGAAGUACCUUUGCCAGACACUGGUGGAGCGAGGACAACAGCUUGAAGGACAGGAGAAACUAGUCACAGCGGAGGGACUUUACCGGAGAGCUCUCUCUCUGGAUGGCUCGAACCCUGAGGCAAAAGAGGCCCUGCACAAGAUCACAGACACGAUACAGAAAUCGAUUCGCCUGCGAGAAGAAGCUCUGGCCAAAGAGCAGGAGCAGGUGAAAACAAAGAGCAAGCAGACAACCAGCGCUGAGAAAUUGCGUAAGAUCUUAAAAGAGGAGAAGAGGAUGAAAAAGAAGCGAAAGAGAUCCAACUCUUCCUCAUCGUCAUUGUCUACUUCUUCUGGAAGCUCUUCUUCCUCACCAUCUUCCUCUUCUCACAGACGGUCAAAAAAGAAGAAGAAGAAAAAGAAAUCAAAACGCCAUCACAGGAUCUCCUCCAGGGAGAGCAGAAAGAGUGAGGGGGGUAAAGGUGAGAAAGACAGGAAAGAAGUAGAUGAGGAUUCAGAGGAGCGAUAUCCCACACCUCCCAACACCUCAGCCACAUUUCUCAAUCAGAAAGGAGGCCUGAGGUUUGGAGAGAGGGGUGAGCAGGUGUUAUUAGGGAAGAAUGCAGAAGAGAAAAGGAUUUGUCAGCUGUAUUCUUUAUCAGCGGCCUCUGAGGAUGAAGAAUCCAACUCCUCACAUAGAGACAGAAAGAGAAGGGGCAGCAAAGACAGCAGGACCAAGAGAAACAAAAACAGUCUGGAUAGAAGUCCAGAAAGAGAGGAGAGAAGGAGCAAGAGCAGGGAAAGAAGGGGAGACGGCGAAUCUAAGAGAAGAAGCAGCUUAGAUGAGAAUAGACAGCGACGGGUAUCCUGCUCCUCAGCCGAGUCCGAGUAUUCACGCAAAUCAAGUGUCCUAUCAGAAUAUUCAGCACAUUCUGGUUCUGCUUCAAGGCUGAGACGUGAUUCCUGGAAGAGGAACUCAUUCGACGGUGGUAGGUAUGAAAGCAGAGAAAUGGAACCGGAAGUGGUUCAAAGGAAGGAUGGAAGUAGAGAGAGAGUGAGUGGGAGGUCAGAUAGUGGAGACUGUAAAAGAUCAGAAAAAGCUGGAACGCAUCAAGAACAACCGAGUUCUUUGACCUCAGCGUCUGAGCCAAAGUCUGCAAAACACGUCCCAGCGAACCUGCUGGACAUUUUCAAUCAAAUUGCUCAAUUUGAAAAAGAGAAAGGAGUCGGACUGAAGAAGUGACACCUGAAUCUGCCAUAUACAAAAAGUGCUGGGGAAGAGCAGCCUGGGUAAGGAGAUGGACACUAGCACAGCUGGGCAGAUGCGCUGCUCAUUGAAUGUCCUGCAUUUGGUAAAUUACCUUGAGCGUUAAUUUUUAAAUGGACGAUCUAUGGCCUGUUAGCAGUUGUAGUUUUUUCCAGACAAUAACUGGUCAAAAUGUAUCGGAAUGUUCAUGUGAAUGGUGAUGAUGAAAUGUUGCUAUGGCUUAAUGAAAAUGAAAAGAGCUUCACGGAAUCAUGAGAAACGUGCCACAACCUUCGCAUACACAACUUCAUUUGUACAUUUUACCGAGUUCUUUCUCACCCGGUGAUUUGCUGCAGGCUUUAACAUGUUCGUCUCAAGAUGAGGCUGUGCUUCCUCCUAUAAACAUACGUUGUCUCUUAUGUUUACAUUUUUGUGCCAAUUUCUUCUUUGAUGCUAUGAUUGUGAAUUUUUUCCCCAGAUGACCUGACUGUUAGUACUGCAGUACUUAUUCACCAACUAUAUUCAAUAGAUUUGCUGAAAUUAAUUUAGUAAAAAUCAAUAAAGGAUUCAACGUGG